GUCAAUCGAUCAAUCAAUCAAGGUGACAGAUCAUAAUUUUGAAAAAGAUGUUGCGCAGACCUCUUUCGAGCCUUUUAAGGCCUAACAGCCAAAUAAAUAAAGCAUUUCCAGGCAUUUUCCAGCUAAGGGCCAACUUCAUCAGCAUGGGAGAACACGAGAAGUUUUUAAUCGGUAAGCGCGAGGUGGUGGGCUACGGACACAACGGCCAUAAGAAUUACGCUGACCGCGUCGACUUCCCUUUUCCGGCCAUAAGGUUCUUGAAACCGACCGCUGAGAUAGAGGCCAUUAGGCAAAAAGAGAAGGGAGACUGGAACGAGCUUACUUGCGAGGAAAAGAAGGCUCUUUAUAGGUACUCUUUUUGCCAAACAUACUCGGAAAUGAAAUGUGCCCUUCAAGGCGAAUGGAAGGCUGUUUUAGGCACAGUGUGCUUACUAAUAGCUCCGGCCUUCUGGAUCAUGUACUUCUUCAGACUGACCAUAUACCGGCACCGCCCCAUGCCGCAGGGCUUUGACGAUGACUGUAGGGAGUACAUCUUCAGGCGGUGGCUCGACAUGAAGGUCAACCCUAUCCAGGGUCUCGCCUCCAAGUGGGAUUAUGAGAAGGACGACUGGAAGAAUCCCAAUGACAGAUGGAGAACCAAUUAAGUUAAGCAUUGUAAACUUUUAAAUAAUAAAAACCCAUAUUUAGUCUUUAAAA